GAAAACAUAACCUAUUUUUUGUGGUUUAUAGGUUAGAAAUGACUCGGUUCGAGUCAAUCUAGAAAUUUCUAUUUUCAAUAAUAACAAUAGUAACUGUAUGCGCCGGUUGACAGAAAGCGCAGUUGAUAUCUCGAAUUUUAACAUUGUCUAAAAUGUUUUGUUGAAAUAAUUGUGAAAUACAUACAUAUUUCUAAUAUUAGGCCGAUUUGCCCAACAAAAAUCUUACUCGAUAAAAUUCACGUUGACUCUUAAUCCUUUUACGUAUUUUUAAAACAAUUUUUGGUGCAAGCGUUUAAUAUUAAUUUUGUCACAACAAUAAGCAAAAAUUAUACAUUGACAUCGUAAAAUAUAUAUGACACAACGCUUUGUCGGUGAGAUACAUGUAUAAUCACAAGAAUCACAAUUAUAAUUCCAUUACCCUUUAAAUAAAAAAGUUGUAUUAACUACAUUAAUUGAAUGGAUUAAUACAUACAUUCAUACAACAUUAAACAAUUUAAUGUAAUUGUGAAUUAGGUGUAGAAUGUAAAUAUCUGUAAUAAGCAUUGUCUGUGAUAGGUGUGUGCAUGAUACAGAGUUACAUUUCUGAGACCGAAUAGUUGAGACCAAUGAGCCUCCUUUUUGCAAGCAAAGAAGGUUGGAUCAUAUCUCAUUUGCAGUAUGUCAAUGAAAUGUAUGGAAAAGUCGUAAGAGACAAUGGAUUGUGUGCUUUAAGCUUUAACGAAUUAAUAUUUGAGAUUAAUUCUCAGUAUUUGAGACAAAAUCAGGUAGCACAAACAGAUCAGGACAGUAGUAUACUGCAUGGCAAAAGAAAAAGGAAACGUUUGCAACUUUUGCCACAAAAAGAUUUGGAAAAAGUUGAUCAUGUUAAACAAGCGUUCAAUGUAAUGAUAUCUGCCGCAAAAAACAAAGGACUUUUUGGCCGAAAUAUUUCUUUAGAUAACAAUCAAGUGGCACGCUUGGCAUCAGAGAAAUUUUAUCAGGAUACAUACUGCCUCAAAGAUGAGAACUUGUACGGAUCUAAUGAUACGGACGAUGCUAUCAUAUCUGAGGCUCACAAUAAGAAAUAUGUUUUUCCAAAAAAAUGUACAUUUUACUGCUAUGAUGUAAGAGAUAUGGAAAAGAAGAUAGAACUGAAUAAUCAGUAUGAUUUUAUACUACUAGAUCCACCUUGGUGGAACAAAUCAAUCAGGAGGAAAAAGAUCAAGUGCGCAGAAGCUAGUUACAAAAUGAUGUACAAUGAGGAAUUGGUCAAGAUCCCAAUAAAAAGACUAUUACAUUCAAAUGGUAUUCUGGCCAUAUGGUGCACUAAUUCGUCCAACCAUCUGAACAGCAUCUUCAACGAAAUCUUUCCUUCAUGGGGUAUUACUUAUAGAGCCAAGUGGUACUGGAUCAAGGUGACACAAGCGGGAGAUACAAUAUGUAAUUUCAACUCGGCACCUGGAAAACAACCUUAUGAAUUACUGAUAUUAGGAUCUGCACUGGACAAGGGCAGAGUGAAUAUUCCUGAUGGCAAACUGAUGAUCAGUGUACCCAGUGCAGUGCAUUCUCACAAACCACCUCUUACAGAAAUCAUAAAGGAAUAUCUCCCGAGUGAACCAAAGUGUUUAGAAAUCUUUGCGAGAUAUUUAUUGCCUGGAUGGACGAGUUGGGGUUUGGAAAUUUUAAAGUUUCAACAUCUGUCACUUUACGAGAUUCUGGAUGAAAGUGGAAGAGCCGACGAUAUAAGGAACGAGAAUGAGUGUGAUGACUAACCGUGUGAAAUGUAAGGAAUAGACAUUACGAAUAUUUACGCCGUUGCCGGUGCCCAAGUUGUAAAUUUUAAGUCUGAGGUGCUGUUUGUGCAAAGCAUUUAACGCCGCAACAUGGCCAGCCG